GAUUCCAACAAAUGUUGCAGGAACUUUCCUCCUGCAGACACGCCGUGCUACUUCCCUGCUCUCUCACACGGAUCUGGCUGCUACCUCCUCAUUUCAGGUCGGACGACCCUUCUGGGACUAGAGGAAAACCAAACCAACCCCCCCCCCCCCCCCCCCUGCCAAGAAGAUCCAGUCCUCCACUGCUGGCUCAGACCUCGGGCUCGGACGGUGGAGUGAAUCAUGCCCUCUGACUUUCUGACACCUUUCCUGGAGCUGGACGAGGAGUUCUGCAAGACUUUCCGCGGCCUGGACGCGACAGAUGGCCUGUCCAGCAGCCUGUCCGGCAGCUUGUCCGGCAGCUUGUCUGGCAGCCUGUCCGGCGGCCUGUCCUGCAGUUCGCAGCAGCACCGGGUCCUGGGUUUCCAGCGGCGCCACUCUCUCUGCCCCGUGACGCUCCCCAACUCCAAGUUCAACAGCGGCAGCUCGGAGCUGGCCGAGCCCGGCUGCUGGGGGCUCCAGCCGGGCCCCGGCCAGCGGUGGAGCCGCGAGCUGCCGCUCUCCUCGCUGAGCCACAUCCCCUUCAGAGUCGACCGCUCGGUCAGCAUGAUCGAGGGCGGCUCCCGGGAGGAGAAGCUGUCCACCCUGCCCCCACCGCCGGGCCUGUGCCUCAGCAGCACCUCGGUGGCCUCCGCCGCCGCCUCCUGCCCCUCUGCCAGGGCGGCGGCCGUGGCCGCGGCUGCGGCGCCGCCGCCUCACAUCUCCACGCGCUACAAGACGGAGCUGUGCCGCACCUACGAGGAGAGCGGCGCCUGCAAGUACGGCGCCAAGUGCCAGUUCGCCCACGGCAUGGACGAGCUGCGCGGCCUCAGCCGGCACCCCAAGUACAAGACGGAGCCCUGCCGCACCUUCCACACCAUCGGCUUCUGCCCGUACGGCGCCCGUUGCCACUUCAUCCACAACGCCGACGAGCUGCAGGCCGGCCCCUCCCAGAGGCCGAAGCCCAGGCCCCCCCUGCUGCGGCACAGCCUCAGCUUCGCCGGCUUCCCCUCCGCGGCCAGCAGCUUCCGGCCCGUGGAGGAGUCGUCCCCCUUCGUCUUUGCCCGAGCGUCCUCGGUGUCCCCCCCGCCGUCCUCCACGGGGAGCCCGGAGCUCCUGUCCCCCCUCUUCCCCGACCCGGGGGCGCUGAAGCACUGCCCCUACCCGUUCCCCGGUGACCUGGCCGUCGAGGGCGGCGGCGACUCGGCGCUGCGCUUCUACGCCGUGACCGACUCCCUAAGCCCCUUGGGGUUCCCCCCCUCCAAGGCCCCGGCCCCCCCGGCCUACCACCCCCCCCAGCAGCUGCCGGGAGGCCUCCAGCGCUGCUCCUCGGCGGACUCGCUCUCGGAGGAGGGCUAUACCUCCUCCUGCUCGCUCAGCUCGGCCUCAUCCAGCGGCUCGGAGUCUCCCAGCUUCGAGGGCCGCCGCCUGCCCAUCUUCAGCCGCCUCUCCGUGUCAGACGAGUAGUGGGGGGGGGGGGGGGCAUUUUUACUGUAGGGCUGAAUUUAAACCGGGAACGGGGAGUUUGAUGUGUCUGGACCCAGAACAUUAAAGCCCUCGGCCCCUUCCUGAAUCCGGCCCAGUAAACGUAUCUUCGUGCAUAUUGCAUUUCUCAGCCAAGCAGCUGUAGCGCUGCGCCGUGUUCGUCCACUUUUAGUUGACUUCUCCUCCGUCUUUUCUUUUAUUUUACGCCAUCGUUACUGCUGUAUACUGUUGUAUACCCACUUUUUUAGAGAAAGACUGGAGGGUACCAAACUUUUCCCCCCCGGUUCCAGGUGGAUCGCGAUCGAUCGAUGCUUUCCAGCCUUUCGUGACCGGAGAGCUGCUUCGUGUUUUUACUGACCGGUUGAAGCAGCUCUCCAGCCACAGUUAGCACCCCUCGGAGUCGCUAAUCGAUUGAUUGAUUGAUUGAUUGAUUGUUGAUUGUACUUGUCAGCUGUUGAACUCGCCGUAGCUGCGAGAUUAGCCCCGAGUAGGCGACCCACUGACUAGUUACCAAAGUUGAUGAUAGUCCUCCCAACCGUAAACCGUUAACUCCUAGCCGUAGCCACGACAGCUGAUAUAGCCUAACACAGUUCCUUUUUUUUUAGUCCUAUUUAUUACUUUUUUAAACGAUGAUGUCAUAUUUCUGUGAGUAUUUUGUGAUCCUGAAUUCUUCUCAAGGUGCCAGAGAAAUUACGCUUUACAUUCAGGUUCCUAAAUCCCGCCGCGUUUUUGGUUAACCGGCAGCUUUAAGAGGUUUAAGAGGAGAGGAGAGGAAAAGGAGGGAGACGAACCUUUUAUUUUUUGGCAUUCUGUAUUUAUGUUGCCUUACUGGCCGGAAAAUCGCGUCUCGCGUCUUCACGUCGCCGGCGGCUCGGCGGUUCCUCGCCGACCUCCAACGUGGUCCACGUGACGACGCAGGCGGGCGCCUCUCCUCUCCGCUUCGACCUCACGCCUCCCGACAUGCACCACCGUGAGCUUGAGCGCUAAACAAAACCACCAGUUCAGGAGCCACACAACAGUAAAACGGGAAAAACUAUCAUUAUGCACCUCGUGUGACUCCUGCAGGACUCUUGAGAAGGUUUCCUUCGUUGUAAAGUUGAUUUUAUUUGUCGGAGUCGGCUCGAUGACAAUGUGUUUGUUGCUCGGACUCUGGUUGCACGCUUUCUAGCUGGCGGAUCAGGCGAUUUCAGAUGAAAUAAAACAAAAAACACGGUUUGUUUUCCUCCUGAAAUCAGCUCAGCCUGUCCCGAUGAGUCCAGAGAUGCUUCUUGUUGCUGUAGCUUUUUGUUGAUUUGACAGCAAAAUGUUUUUUUUUUAAACGUUUGUUAACUUAAAAGUGAUAUUUAUUUUGUUUUAAAGCAAAACCUAUAUUGUGUUGUUUGAUAUUGUGUUUUUCUUUCACAUAAUUUAAGUGCAUCUAUUGUUUACAUUCCAGCGGUUAUGUUGAUAACCUUGUUCUUUAUCUUAAUAUAUAUGCCCAACUUUAUUUCAAAAUAAAAGUCUCUUA